AUGCCGCCGCUGAGAGUGUUAUCCGCGUUAGAUGCGGCGAGGAUACAGUGGUACCACUUCAAGGCGAUAAUAGUCGCCGGAAUGGGUCUUUUCACGGACGCUUACGAUCUCUUCUGUAUAGCUCCGGUCUUGAAAAUGAUCAGCAAAAUCUAUUACGACAAUCAACCAGUCGGAACCGCUGUUCUCUCCACUUCUUACGCCAUAGCUCUCCUCGGCACAGCCUUAGGUCAGCUCAUCUUCGGCUACUUAGGCGACCGGGUCGGACGCACUCGAGUCUACGGUCUUUGUCUCUUGAUCAUGGUCUUAAGCUCCUUCGGCUGCGGUUUCUCCGUCUGCACCACUCGCCGUUCUUGCGUCAUGGCGAGUCUUGGCUUCUUCAGAUUCGUUCUUGGACUCGGUAUCGGUGGAGAUUACCCUCUCUCCGCCACGAUCAUGUCGGAGUUCGCGAAUAAGAAGACGCGUGGGGCUUUUAUCGCGGCUGUGUUUUCUAUGCAGGGGCUAGGGAUCUUGAUGAGCUCCGCCGUUACGAUGGCUGUGUGCAAAGCGUUCAAGAACGCCGGAGAAGGGAGUUUAGAGAUAACGAGAGCGCCGGGGAUAGAGACUUUGGCUCCGGCUGAAGCGGAUAUUGCUUGGAGGUUGAUUCUGAUGAUCGGUGCUCUUCCCGCUGCGUUAACGUUCUACUGGCGAAUGCUUAUGCCUGAAACCGCCAGAUACACAGCACUAGUAGAGAACAAUGCAACCCAAGCAACAAAAGACAUGCAAAGAGUCAUGUCCGUAACCAUGACGCCUCCAAUACCCGAAGAAGAUUCGUCAUCGGAGACACCACAACAACAACCGUCUUCAUCCUCAUACAAACUCUUCUCCCGCCGUUUCCUCAGCCUCCACGGCCGUGACCUCUUCGCAGCCUCAGCCAACUGGUUCCUAGUGGACGUCGUCUUCUACACAAGCAACCUCCUCCUCGCUCAAAUCUUUAACUUCUCCAAUAAACAUCCCAAUUCCACAAACGUCUACGACUCUGCUUUCGAAGUGGCUAAGGUCGCAGCCAUCGUAGCCGCUUGCUCCACCAUCCCUGGCUACUGGUUCACAGUUUAUUUCAUCGAUAGAGUGGGCCGUGUCAAGAUUCAGAUAAUGGGCUUUUUUAUUAUGGCCCUUGUUUACUUAGCCGCUGGGAUACCAUACAGUUGGUAUCGGUCUAAGCAUGAGAAGAGUAAUGAUAAAGGCUUUAUGGUUCUCUACGGAUUGAUCUUCUUCUUUAGCAACUUUGGUCCCAACACGACGACGUUUAUUAUCCCUGCUGAGCUUUUUCCGACGAGGUUUAGGUCAACGUGCCAUGGAAUUUCUGGAGCUGCCGGGAAGCUUGGAGCCAUUGUUGGAAUUGUUGGUUUCUUGUGGGCCACGAAACACAAACACUACGAGGAGGACGUUUUCCCAGACGUGAAACGCGUGAGGAUCGCGUUUUUGAUACUUGGCGGCGUUUGUAUCGCUGGAGUGUUGGUUACUUAUUUUUUCACGCGUGAGACUAUGGGUAGAUCGUUAGAAGACAACGAAGAGGACGAGAUUAGUCCCACGUCAACAGCAGGAACAUCUUCUGUUAAUGUGUUACUUCCAAGACAAUAGUGAUUUUGUUUUUUUUUUUAUAUUUCAAUUAACAUUCUCAUGUUUACACGAAUAUUUUCUUCUUUUUCACUUUUGUAAUUCGGUGCAUAUUAAAGGGGUAUGUAAAUGUCAAAGCUUGAUCGUACUUUUAUUCAGUUUUGCGACCUA